AUGUUUGGAGAGAAAGAUCAUCGUCUCUCCAACGGUGAGGCAGAAAGCUUGCAAAAUCAAGAAAACCCUGAAGACAAAAUUGGUAUGUCUCAAAAGGGGAUUGAUUUUCUUAGGGAAUCAAAGAUGGGUUUUCAUGGGUUUGCCUCAAAACCUCAAGAACUCACUCUUAGUUAUCUUUGUGAAAAUCCUAAAUUAGGUUUUGCUCAAAAGGGAAAGGAAGUUAUCAUGUCUGAGAAUUCAAAUCAAGAUGAGAAAUGGGUAGAGAGAGAUUUCAUGAAUCUGAGUGAAACCAAAUCCAAUUCUUCUUCAAAAAGGGAAAUCCAUGAAGAUGAAGAGAUUGACAGAGAGAAUUCCUCUAGAGAGAAAAAACCAAAGCUUGAAAGUACUUUAAAUCUUUCUUUAGCUUUACCUGAUGUUUCUCUUUCUCUCACUGCAUCAAAUGCAUUGCAAAAUGCUGAUGCUUUGAUAAAGCCAAAGCCUUGUAGGAGUAUACAGUCUUUAGGUGCAGCCCCAUCAAACAACACACAAACAACUUGUUCCAAUGAUUUCACUGCUGCUUCACUUUCGUAUUCAUAUUCUCAUCCAUUUUCACACAAUCCUAGUUGCUCUUUGACCCGUAAUUCAACUGAGAAUUAUGAGUAUUCUGUGGGGAAAGAUGAUCAAAUUUGGUGUGGAGGGGAAGGUACUAACGGAUCAGUUCAUAGUAGGUUUAGGCCUAUUGGGGAUGGGCUUGUUGCUUUGAACAAUAACAAUCACGGUGGUGGUAAUGGAGGAUUUUCAAUGAUGCAGCGGGUAACAAAUAAGGAUUCUCGUGUUAACAGUCUUUAUAGGACUGCUAGUUCUGAUAAUGUUUCAUUUUUCCCAUCUGAAUUGCCUGCUAAGCCGCGUUUAGAUGCUUAUUCAGGUGAUUCUAGGAGAAGGGAUUCUGAGAAUUUGAGAGGUAUAGAGGCUUUAGAUGGAGGAGGAAAGGCAAGAAAGCUCUCUAGACCGGAGAGAAUUCUCCGUGAGAUCGUAUCGGAGUCUAUUCCUGUUAUGGCUCAGAUAAUUCAAGAAUUAGCUGAAGAAACAUUGGAAUCAACUAAGGAGUACUUAAAGAAUCUUAUUUUGAUGCCUGAAAAGAGAGAAGAAUUAGCAGGUCUUCAGAACCGGCUAGAGAGAAGAUCUGAUCUUACCAAGGAAGCUCUCUUGAAGUGUCAAAAGGACCAGUUAGAGAUUUUGGUUGCAGUAAAAAUGGGGUUGGGAAGUUUUAUAUCGGGGAAAGUUCGAGUUCCUACAAAUGAAUUGGUGGAAAUUUUCUUGUAUAUGAGAUGUAGGAAUGUGAACUGCAAGAGCAUAUUGCCUGUUGAUGAUUGCGAAUGUAAGUUUUGCAGUGCAAACAAAGGAUUUUGCAGCUCUUGUAUGUGUCCGGUGUGUAUGAAUUUUGACUGUGCAAACAAUACUUGCAGUUGGGUUGGUUGUGAUGUUUGCUCCCAUUGGUGUCAUGCUGCCUGUGGUAUUCAAAAAAAUCUAAUCAGACCAGGUCCUGGCUUAAAGGGGUCAAAAGGGACUACAGAGAUGCAAUUUCACUGCAUUGGGUGUAAUCAUGCGUCAGAAAUGUUUGGAUUUGUAAAGGAUGUGUUUGUUUGUUGUGCCAAGGAUUGGGGUCUGGAAGCACUGAUAAAGGAACUUGAUUGUGUGAGGAAGAUUUUCAAGGGAAGUGAAGAUUCUAAAGGCAAGGAGUUGUAUAUUAAGGCUGAGGAGUUGUUCUCCAAGCUUGAGAGUAAAAUCAUGUCUCCUUCUGAUGCCUGUAACAUCAUCGUUCAGUUCUUCAAUUAUGCAGAUAGUAUUUCCGAUUUUCCUGCUUCUGGUGUAUCAGCAAAAGAAUUGAUGCCAACUGAAGCUAGUCUUAGAAAAGACAUGGCCUCUAUUCCACCAGCCACUUCUCUCCCUCCAAAAUAUGCCAUCUAUAAUAUGAGCUCUUCAAGUUGCCAGCGUGAUCCACUAUCAAAUGAUCUCCAUCGAAAUGACGUCAAGGCUGCACUGCUUAGUGACUUGAAAAUUGAAGACGAGUUUCAGUUUGGAAAGUUAUCUAAGAAAGAUGGACUUGAAAGCUUAGAAAGCAUUGUGCGGAUUAAAGAAGCAGAAGCCAGAAUGUUCCAGAGCAAGGCCGACGAAGCACGGAGAGAAGCCGAAAGUUUCCGUCGGAUGAUUCGGGCCAAUUCUGAGAAGUUGGAAGAAGAGUAUGCAGAGAAGCUUUCCAAACUGUGUUUGCAGGAGACACAGGAAAGGAGAAGGAAAAAAUGGGAAGAACUGAAGGUUUUGGAAAAUUCACAUUGUGAUUACUACAAUAUGAAGCUAAGAAUGCAAGCUGAGAUUGCUGGUUUGCUGGAAAGAAUGGAAGCCACAAAGCAGCAAUGGGUGUAAUUUAAUCCUUUUUUUUUUUUUUCUUUUUGCUUUUCUUCUCUUUUUAUUGACAGAGAUAAUAGAAAGUGUGUAAUUUGCUUACAUCUUCACCAUUAAUUUAAAGCUUGUUUCUCCAAUUGCAAAAUGGAGCUCUGGAAGUUGAUAGCUUUGUUCAAGAGAGCAGAAACAAAAAUUUGUUUGUAUAUUCAAUUUGUUGUAUGCUGUUGGAUUUGAUAGUA